AUGCGACGUGACCUAAAAACUGGGAAAAAGUACAAUAAUAACCCUUGUGUUCAGGGUCGAGAAGAGAAGCUGAUGCUGCAUUCGAAAAAGCUCAUUUCCUUGGCCUCGGGCUACGGAAUGGAGGCUGUGGACACUUUCAACAUGACCAUGAGCAGGUUUCGUGACUUCACCGAAGGAAGAUGCGCCUGUCACUUUUACAGGAUCAUUCCAAAGACAAUUACUGGCAUCAAACAACAGAAACUUCGCCAGGAAUUCUCCUUGGAUGGUCCUGUGAAUGCAGCUUACUCGGAAAUCCUCUUGAACAGGAUUUGCGACGACGGAAGCUUCUGAACGACGACUUAUCAUCGUUUCACAAUUUCCUGCGAGACUUCCGGCGAGAAAAGAGAGCAGAAAAAUGAUGCGGAAGUUGCACAAGAACCUGGUCCUUUCCAAGAAAGAGCUAAAAAUGUGAUGUUGGAAUUUAUUUUCCCAACUCCAUCAGCAUUCAACCUGUAGACAUAUUUCUGUUUGAAAAGCACUGUACAGUAACUCAAAAUCUACGCGGGUGGAAUAAAAUGUGAACACGUGACUUGUUAGUGAGAAAAAGACGAAAAAAAAGGAAAGUUGUCAUGACACGGC